GCGUUACUCGUGGUCUUCUCGCGUCGCUUAUGCGAAAGCUAUGUCCAGUGUGAAUCUUUCAUGGUCAUUUAGAAAUGUAAAGAAAUAUAUGAUUGAUUGCUGCAACUGCAUGUAACAGCACAGCAUUUGGCAUAUUUUGUUGUUACGUUGUUUGUAAAUUAUUAUGUUAAUGUCUGUAGUAAAUCAUGACUAAUAAUUUUAAGCCUUGGUCUCCAUUUUCUUUCAUUUUAAAUACUUUGCUUUUUUGUUUGUUUCAUAUUGACAAAACAUGUGAGUUUGUAUAAACAAUAUUAUAUUGUAAUGUUUUCUUUACUUUCAUAAUUUAUAAAGUUCAUAAACUUGUGUAAUUAUACAAGGUCGAAUCGAAGGUACCAAACGGUUGCAAACAUCAGCUUGAUAAUAUUCCAUUUAUUUAAAGAAUAUUUCAUUUCUGGUUCUGCCUAUGGAUAUGUUGUGCAAUAAAAUAAAAUUAUUUGAGUUUGAUAAUGAGUUUGAGUUUUAACCAUAAAUAGUUCUAGCAAAAAAAAAAAGAUUUAUUAUAGUUGUUAAUCCAUCUUUUUUCUAUAACAAAACCACAACAAACAAACAAAACAAUGUGUCACAAAUUUGCAAGCACUCAUUAUGAGUCAUAUACAUGCAAUAUAUUUUGUCUCUCAUAAUAAACCUAAACAUUUUCCUCUGUGAUUGUUUUUUAUAAAGUGAGUUACAGUCGAAAAACAACUUUAUUAUCAUUGUAAAAUGAAUGUAUAAUGAAGAAUGCAAAUAUAUUUUUAGAGAAUGAGGCUUAGAAGAAAAUCAAAAGAUAUUUUGAAACAGAACACAGUCUGCGAAGAAUUACUUGAAGUAAAAUUCAUAGACUGCUUCAAAGGUUCAGGUGUAUUUGCUGUAGGCAAUAUAGACAAAGGAGCUUUAUUAACCUAUUAUGAGGGUGAACUGAUAUCAAAAGAAGAAGGUGAUAGGAGGCAUGAAAAUUAUGAAGAAAGUGAUGGCUCUUUCUUAUUCUUCUUCAAAUUCAAAAAAAAGAACUUCUGCAUUGAUGCUACACGGUCCUCUGGAAUAGGUAGAAUGAUCAAUGAUGAGCACAAAAAACCCAAUAGCAAAGUUGUUGUAGAAGAUAAUAAUGGUCAACCAAGUCUUUGCAUAUACAGCAUUAGAAGAAUUCUUCGAGGUGAAGAAAUAUGCUUUGAUUACAACGAUCCGUCAGUUCCGUGGAGAAAGAUAAAAGCUAUGGGACAGGUUGCACAGAGAGUGCUGUGAAUGAUACCCUUUGUAUACAGGAACAGGCUGACAAUGAAUAUGAUUAUGUAGGAGAGAAUGUUGUCAGUAAUGCUGAUUGUGUGCAAGAGCAAUUUGGCAA